AUGCCCCCUCCUUCAUCAACACCUUCCAGCAAGAAGCGCGAGUGGUCAUCUACAAUAACUCGAAGCGGGUCAGCCUCGAUGCCUUUGAACUUUCAAGAGGCCUCAUCUUCCGCUGCGUCUCCGUCCCAACACCAGCUUCCAAACACGGAAUUCAGCUUCCAGUCAAAUAUGGGCUUUCCCAGCAGUACUUCGACUGCAUCGAUGGCCUCGCUCUCAUCCAUGCCCUCCUCGAGUAGCACAAGCUCCUUUGCAAGUUUCCACCACCACCAGACACCCAUGACUGCCAGCCCGUCGAGCUUUCGCACUGCUACUGCUGCAGACGAAAGCGCCGUUUCUGCCCGCAGCACCAUCUUCUCGCGCGGCAAUCGGUCUGCUUCCGCUGCCUUACGAGAGUCGUCUCACGCGUUGAAUAUCCCGGAUAUACCCGAGAAUCCACCACGGAAGCGACGUCGAGGUCUAGCAGGCGCAAUUGUGGACACAGCCCUCAACGCGGCGCUCUAUACGGGUGCCGCAGCGCUCACCGCUUACUCGCUGUGGUCGUCUUGGGGUCAUUCAGCGGACAACGAAGAUCAAAGGCACCAUCCUAGUGAUGGACCUCAGGCCGAUAUGGGGCACGUCAUCUCGCCAAACAAGCGCUCAGAAGCUAGCAACGGUAUGAAGGCGCUGCCUGGCACACUCGAAGAGCCUCCACCGCCCUACUACGAGCACCAUGCGGCUACAUCGACGCAUCAGCAGGCCUUCACACCGCAAUCGAACGCAGCUCGCCAGAGAAAAGUCUUCGUGUCUUCGAGACGCAACGGACGAAGGUCAGAAUACGCAGGCCCACGGACGCAGAAGCAAAGCCCGUCGCGAAAAGCAAUGCCCCAUACAUCUGGUAGUCCAGCUCCGUCCUCCAGCUUUUUCAGCCCUAGGCUCGACCUUGCUGCGCCUAAUAGCACAGGUACCCGCACUACAUUUGGAAACACUGGCGGCAUUAGCGAUCACAGUGCGGAAGAGGACGAGGAGGAAGACGAGAACGACGAGAUGCUCUCGCGCUUCGAAGCCAAGAUGGCCGCUCUCAUCGCCGAGGGGCAAGCCGCCCUCAACUCGACACCUGUCCUGCAGGACUCUGAUCUACGGGACAUCGACACACCCUCGCCCAGCCUGGGCAUCGGCAUGAGCACGCCGCGGUCCAACGCUCCGCCCCUCUCCUCGCGCCCAUCUCAGCGCUUCGACAGCCCUUUCGCCACCGCCUCGCCCUUCUCGCACCAGCAGACUCUCGACGCAUCGCCAAGCCUGAUCCGCUCCAAUUCGCAUCCCAAUCAGCUUCUGUCUGAAAACGCCAACGUCUCCUUCCUCCCCGAGCCGGUCAAGCGUACGUUCGCUACGCCGACAACGCAAGGCGCACAGGGGCUGAGACACUCCCGCUCCGUGUUCGAUUUCAACUCGCACGGCCCAGCUGAGCAGUCUCCAUUCGCACCUGGCCGCAGCGACUCGCCGAGCGGCAACAGCAGCCCUUCGCUCCGAGCGGCUGGGAGGAGGGUCACGGACUUUGGAGGUGUUGCGCAUACGAAUGGCGCCUCGUCCCCCGCCGGUGCAAGCAGCCAGCUCAGCCGCAUCCCAAGACAUGUUCCUCGCAAAUCGAUGGUCGAACCACGUCCAUGA